AUGGCCGCCGAACAGAGGAAGCUGCUCGAGCAGCUCAUGGGCGAGCAGCUCAUGUCGGGCCCCGGCACGCGCGCCCCGCAACUGUCCAUGACCGACCCCAAGGUCUGCCGCUCGUACCUGGUCGGCACCUGUCCGCACGACCUCUUCACCAACACCAAGCAAGAUUUCGGGCCCUGCACCAAGAACCACAGCGAGGCGCUGAAGAACGAAUAUGAGGCCGCCGACGCUGAGCAGAAGCGCCGUUGGGGCUUCGAAUACGACUACCUGCGCGACAUGCAAAAGUACGUCGACGAGUGCAACCGCCGCAUCGACAGCGCCCAGCGCCGCCUGGAAAAGACGCCCGACGAGAUCAGACAGACCAACCUGCUGCUCACCCAGAUCCGCGAUCUGUCCAAGACCAUCGAGAACGGCCUGCUGGAGAUUCAGAUACUGGGCGAGGAGGGCGCCGUCAACCAGGCCGUCACCGAGUUCUUCAAGGUCAAGCAGGCCAAGCAGACCAAGGAGGACCGCGAGCGCGAGCUCAAGGCGCUGUCCGACACUUCGGGCCCGUCAGGCCACCAGAAGCUGCAGGUCUGCGACGUCUGCGGCGCCUACCUCAGUCGUCUCGACAACGAUCGCCGUCUGGCCGACCACUUCUACGGAAAGAUGCAUCUCGGAUAUGCCCAGAUGCGGAAAACAUACGAGACGCUCCAAAAGGAGCUCAAGGGGAAGCCGCCGCCGCAGCGCCACGAUCCCGACGAUGGGUCUCGCGGCGGAAGAGGCGAUCCCGAUGGCGGGUUCGGAGACCGAGGCUAUGGCGGAAGAGGAGGAUACAGAGGCGGCGGCGGAUACGGCCGCGGCGGAGGUGGCGGUUACCGGGGCGGCCGCGGCUAUGGAGGGCGGUGGUGA